GUCAAGUCAGUGCGUUCACACGUGUUGGAAUCGAAGCUUCUUAAAAUGGCAGAUGAUUUGGACCUUGAGACAGGAGAUGCAGGGGCCUCAGCCACUUUCCCAAUGCAGUGCUCAGCAUUACGUAAGAAUGGUUUUGUGGUGCUAAAAGGCCAGCCAUGUAAGAUCAUCGAGAUGUCUACUUUGAAGACUGGCAAGCAUGGCCAUGCCAAGGUCCAUCUGGUUGGCAUUGACAUUUUUACUGGGAAGAAAUAUGAAGAUAUCUGCCCAUCGACUCAUAAUAUGGAUGUCCCCAACAUCAAAAGGAAUGACUUCCAGCCGAUUGGCAUCCAGGAUGGGUAUCUAUCCCUGCUCCAGGACAGUGGGGAGGUACAAGAGGACCUUCAUCUGCCUGAGGGAGACCUUGGCAAGGAGACUGAGCAGCAGUAUGACUGUGGAGAAGAAAUCCUGAUCACAGUGCUGUUUGCCAUGACAGAGGAGGCAGCUGUUGCAAUCAAGGCCAUGGCAAAAUAACAGGCUUCCAGGGU